GAGGAGCGAGGGGAGCGCGGGCCGCAGCCGCCCCCGCCCCGCGCCCGCGCCUCCCGCGCGCAACAGUUCCCCCAAAGUUGCCGCCGGGGAGGCGCGCAGCCGGCGGGGGACGCGGCCUUGGUCCGGCGCGCGCGGCCCCGGGCGGGCGGCGGCAUGGGCACUCGGCAGACUAAGGGCAGCCUGACGGAGAGAGCCAGCCCGGGCGCGGCGCCCGCCCCCCGCCGCGAGAGACCCGACUUCUGGGCGUCGCUGCUGCUGCGCGCCGGGGACAAGGCGGGGCGCGCGGCCGCCGGGCUACCCCCCUACCAUCGGCGGGUCGGCAUGGUCCAGGAGCUGCUGCGGAUGGUGCGCCAGGGCCGGCGGGAGGAGGCGGGGACGCUGCUGCAGCACCUGCGCCAGGACCUGGGCAUGGAGUCAACCUCCCUGGAUGAUGUGCUCUGUCGCUAUGCCAGCUUCCGGAACCUGGUGGACCCCAUCACACACGACCUCAUCAUCAAUCUGGCUCGAUACAUCCACUGCCCCAAGCCGGAAGGUGAUGCCCUGGGUGCCAUGGAGAAGCUGUGCCGGCAGCUGACCUACCACCUUAGCCCUCAUUCACAGUGGAGGAGGCACCGAGGGCUGGUGAAGAGGAAGCCCCAGGCCUGUCUUAAAGCCCUCCUAGCUGGGAAUCCUCCAGACAACAUGGUGGAUCUGUCAGGCAUUCCUCUGACUUCCCGGGACCUGGAACGGGUGACCAGCUACCUUCAGCGCUGCGGGGACCAAGUGGACAGCGUGGAGCUCGGCUUCACGGGCCUCACAGAUGACAUGGUGCUGCAGCUACUGCCUGCACUCAGUACCCUGCCCCGCCUCACCACACUAGCCCUCAACGGCAACCGCCUGACCCGGGCUGUGCUGAGGGGCCUCACCGACACUCUGAAGGACCCCAGCAAGUUCCCCAACGUCACAUGGAUUGACCUGGGCAACAACGUGGACAUCUUCUCAUUACCCCAGCCAUUCCUGCUCAGCCUGCGCAAGCGUUCUCCAAAACAGGGUCACCUACCCACCAUCCUGGAGCUGGGUGAGGGGCCAGGUACUGGGGAAGAGGCCAGGGAAGGUACAAGUCAGCAGGACCCUGGAGAAAGCCCUGUGACACCUGCCAGAGACCAUGAAAGUAGGGAGUCUGUGAUUCAGACCUGACAUGGAUAUAGGGGUCCUAACCAGUCCUGGAUAAGGCAGACAGGAUAGGGGCUUCCCCCAUCUGGGUGUGUGGACAGCCCCACCUAGCUCUCACUAGGAUGAGAUCAGAGUACUAACCUUAGGUUUUCAAGCCCCAACUCCCUGCUCAAGGGACUCUGGUCUCCAGACUUCCACAAGGACCAAGUGCUCUGCAGUGAGCCCACUCACUAAUUCAGGCAGAUACCAUAGGCCAUUUAAGGGUUAAGACCUGAGGAGCAUUCACUUUCUUCCUGGUUCCCAGGGCCUUCUUGAAGGUGGUAUAUAAAGUCCAGUUCAAGCUGCAAGCCUCCCUCUAUUGGCUGGCAACUGCAGAGCAGCGCUGUGCCUACUUCCCUCACGCCCCAACCAGCACAACUUUUCUAACCUGCUGUUUCAGACCUGUGUUUAGUCCCUGGAAUGGCUUUUCAAGAACAAAACCCACUUAAGGCUCUAGGACCAGUCAAGGCCUAGUCAGCAAAAAGGAAAAACUGGGGGCUCCUUUGCUCACCAUUUUCCCACAAACACUCCUAGUCUCACAAUGAACAAGCCCAAGAGAACUGUUAAGUGAUCCAAACCUGGUGGACAAAAACCAGAUAUGGGGAAGCACAGGCUUACUACAGGUUGGGUAAACAAGCUGGCUUGCAGGGUAUAGGCACCAAACAGACACAGCCAAGGUAAAGGAAUUGAGUGUGGGUGCCUUACAUGCUUUGGAAUUUUUGCCCCAGUCUUAGGUUGUGAAAGCAGCUCAGACUGACCAGAAGUUUACAGUGCUAAGGCUGGACUUAACACCUGACACUCAAGUUUCCUCUUCAAAUACAUGUUUUUAAGGACCAAUGCCAAAGACUAUGCUUCAUUAAUGGU